UGCUUAAAUAGAAGAAAAAAAAUGCUUCUCCCAUCUAAUAAAAUAAUCAAAUUUAGAAUUAAAAUCAAGUUCGAAAUUUUGAAAUUAAAAAUAAAACAAAACAGAAGCAUGAAAGAAAUUUUUAUAUUCUUCCAUAUUUAGUGUUCAUUAAAGUCAUGUUUCUUCAAUUCAACAUUAUAGACAAGAAACAAAAUUGUGAAGAAAUUCCAAUAUGUCCAUGAAAUUUAUAAUCUUUAUUUCAAUUUAGUCAAUGCUAAAAUUAAGCAAAAAAACAUCAAAAAAGAAGACUAAGAAAAUAAGAAACCUCGGUUUCGAUGAAUUGUUACUUAAUUAUAGUUCAAGUGUUUUACAAAUUAGGAUUUUUUUAUUACUGUAAAAAAUAUGGUAAUAGUUAUUAGCAAAAAGAUUAAUUUAUAUAACAAAUAGAUUUUCAUCCGUAGCUAUAAAGUAUAUACAUAUUUACAUGUUUCUACUUUUAUCGGUUUUGUUCAGUUUAUUCGGUUUAAUCGGUGAUAAACCAAACCAUAUCCAAAUCCAACGAUUUUUAUAAAAUCACAUCCAUUCGGUUUGUAUGGUAUAUACCAAAACCAAAUCAUAUUGUCUAUUUCGGUUCGGUUAUGUAUGGUUUGGUUUUACCAUAUUGAACAUCCCUAAUUAAAAGCCAUAUGCUAUUUAACUAAUAUACAGGCUAGCCCUGAAAUUAUGGAGGCUUAAAAUAAAAUAGAAAAUGGGGAUUCUAUUUUAUUUUAUAAAAUUUUCAUAAAUCUUGUUUUGAAAAUAAAAAUGUUUUACUACCAGUGUAUAAUAAAUAAAUACAAAUAUAAUAGUUAGAAAGAACAUAUUUGUCAAAAAAUGAAAAAACUUGUUAGUCAAAAGAAACUUUUUUUUUGUUAUUUCAUGCAUUUGAAAAUAGGGAAUUGGACUUUUGUUAUAUGCAUUUGUUAUUGUCAACUGGACCAGAAAAAAAAUUGAAUGUAUAAUAUAUAAAUUUCAAUUUAUGUAGAGGCCUGCAAAAUUAAGAACAUGAAAUCAAUGUUUCAUUGUUGUUCGCUUAACUUGUUUUCUAGGUCAUCGUCAUUUCUCCGAUAUACCAGGCCUGUAAUUUUCCCCGUUAUCUUUUUUUGGGGAUGAAUUAAAUGAAAUUGUACAUUUUUAAAAAUAAUGAUUCGCUAAAACCAGAAAAAGAAGAAAAUUAUGUUUUAAUCUAAUCUUUCUAUUGUGUUAUUUUAAUCAAAUGCCGAUAAUGUUUCUUAACUAACAGAAAUUCAAAAACAAAAACAAAAACAGAAACAGAAACUAUAAAGCAGUAUAAGAAAAUAGUUUUUUGACACCAAAUAGCUAUUAUAUUAGUCAAAUUUGAGAUGGUCUAGGUAAUCAGAUCAGAAUAAAACAACCAAUGUAAUCAAGUUUUCCAUAACAAACCGUGCAGACUUAUUUAGAAUCAGCAAUUCUAUUUUGCGAUUUUCGAAUGUGAAAAUUUUUAAAAUCGAGAAAACAUAACGGAUAAGAAAAUAGUUAACCAAUCAAUUCUUUUACUAAAUAAUGAUUUGGCAUGAUGAUUAUCAUAUUACAAUCGUCGAUGGAAUAAUUAUAUUUUAUAUCUCUCCUAUAGCUCUACCCGUGAACCUUAUAUUUGGCAUCCUUGACCUUAUAAAACAGAUACCACCAAUACACGAAACAUAUAAUUCGAUAGAGAAAUUAACAUGGCUGAUUUUGUCGUUAUAAAACCUUUAUAUACUAUAAUAUAACUGGAUCUAGCAACUAAAUAUUUUUUUAUUUAUAAAUUAAUCAUAUUGAAGGCAUGGCUAGAAAAAAUAUCUCUUAAUUUUUAUUUGAUUCAUUAUUCAUUUGGAAUUUAAAAAUCUAGAUAUGUGUAAUUUUACAAAAUAAAGUAAAUAAUAAUAUUUAAUAUCCAUAAAAAAUGAACCAUAUCACAAAUACUAAUAUUUUUAGAAACGGAUAUUCGAUCUACUAUAUACAUAUAUUUAAAGUAUUAUAUAUACAGUAUAAUUAUUAUAUUUUAUGCAUUUAUUAAAUUGAUUAUUUUAGUUAUUAGAGUUUGAAAAAUAAAUAAUUUUAUUUGUACUAAAAUAUUAUUUUAUUUGUACGGAUCCAAUUAGAUAUCCAGUUUAAAAUAUAUAAUUUUACGGAUAACCGAGUACCUAUGGAUCAAAUAGAAUCAAAUAAUUGAUUAUUCGGACAAAAGGGAUCAUAUCACAAAUACCUGAAAAAAACUGGAACUUUUAUUUGUAUUCACCCCUAACUGAAGGUAGUUGUCUUUUUUUUUGUCAUCAACAUAAAUAACUCAAUUAAAACUCUGUAAACCACACUGGUCACUCAAAGUCCAUCUGAACGACAAAAGGUAGCUGUAUUUUUAAACUUGUGAUUGAGAAAGUAAUAUGAAAUUUCUUAAUCUUCAAAACAAGAAGAAUUAAUUUUUUCACAAUAAUGAAUUUUGAUUUUAUUUCAAUUUUUAUAAAUCAUUUAAUAAUUUGACAAUUCCUAAAAAUUAAAAAAAUCUUUUUGUUAGUAGAUUUGCCUUUCAUUCCAUAAUCUCUAAAUUAUAGAGCUGGUUACAUGAGAUCAAAACGUUCUGUCACAAUUUGAAUUUAAAACCCACAUAUUAUAUCACUGACAAAAUAUUUAUAGUAUUUUUUUUCUUGUAACCCUUGUUAUAUGGAAUUAUUUAAUCUAGUUUAUAAAUUUGGGAUUUAAAAAUUUGGACGGAUAUUUAACAAUUUUAAAGAAGCCAGAAAUUUGUCUUCGUGUGAGAUUAUGUAUUGACUAAAUAAUGCUUUAAAAUAAUUGUGUUAUAAGUUUGCCCCGUGACAAAGGAAUUCGUUGAAGGAUUAAGACAUGUUCACAUGGACAAUCGUGAACGAAUAAAGAACAAUUAUUCCAUUCUUUUUUUUUGUCAACCGGUUUAACAAUCAUUCCAUUCUAAAUACGCCCAAAUGGUGUUUAAAUAAAAUGGGUUUUGCAAAAAUACUCAAAAAUUGAUGUCAAAUUCAAACAUAAUUUUUUUUGUCAACAAUAUUAUGUCAUAAUCUCUGCAUAUAAUCUCUAUGAUUUUCCAAUAUUUACAAAAUGUCAUUAUAAUUUUUAUAAGAAAAUUACAAAAAAACAUAAACACCCUAAACAUUUUUUCAUAUUUACAAAAAUGACACUAUCAUCAAUUUCUCAAACUCCCAUGAACAAACCAUUUUAAUUUUCUUAAAGCUCAACAUUCAAUUUCCAUCUCUCUUUUUUUUUUCAUUAUACACCAACAAAACUUCAUUUCCUCUCAUUUUCUUUCCACUUUCAACUAAAAACACUCAUAACUUUCAUUUUCAUAGACCCAAUAUUUAUAUUUUGGUGACUUUCACCAAAAAAAUCGUCAAAAGUUUUUUUACUCAUAUUUAGAGUUUGGACGUUGAAUUUUUUUGGAAAUGAGCUUAGACCCAAAAAAAAGUAAAUAUUUACAUGGUUUUCAUUACUAUUCAAAUAUGGUUCACGAUAGUAGACUGUUUUGUAUAUAUAUGUAUAUGUAUAUACUUACUAUGCGGUCUGCUUAUCAAUGCACAAAUUAAUUUUGCAAUUGACCAAACUUAUAUUUUUUGCAAUGCAAUCUUUACUAGAAGUCUACAUCUUUAUCUUUGAAAACAAAAAAAAUAUGAAAGACUUACGAAGAAUGUUUUUUACUGUUGAUAAAAAAAUAUAAAUCAAAUUGGACAUUCUCUCAAUAUGAAAUAUAAGAUACAAUUCUGUGCCAGCCAUAUGAUGCGAGUAUGAUUUUACUGGUUCCAUGGGGUUCGAAUCCCUGAAGUACCAGACUUUAAAAACAUGAAAUAAUGAUUUGGGUUAUUCCAUUAACCUUUAUAGUUGUUUUUCCAACAUAACCAUAAUAAAUCUGUCAAAAUCAUGAAACCUAUUUCUCUCUUUUUAUGCUAUUUAUUCCCAAAAAAAACUAGUACAAACUUCUUCCAUUUUUUUUGUCAGCUGCUUCUAAUCUUAUGUGAAUUCCACCAAAAUUAAGAUAUUACAUUUGUUAUUUUUAUUGUUACUUUUUUGGUAGGCAAAAAUAUGAUAUAAUAUCAUUCGGCAUUGCUAUUGCAACUGAUUUGUGAGCACUUCCUUUCUUUCUUUUGUUAAAAUUUGACUGUUCAUCUAUUUAGUUAAUUGUGAACUCUGUCCAAAACUGUAAUAGAUCACUAAUCCCUUGCGUGGCAAAUUCCUAAUGAAUCAUAGUAUUAGCUAUUUAACGGAAAAAAGAACCAUAGUAUUAACUCAAUGUUAUCAUCACCAUUAAGGAUAGUACCAACAACUACUUGUAACUUUUGAACUAUUGAACAUAUACCAUUUUCACUUGGAUAAUUUAGUAGGGUUUUUAACAUUUUGUUCUAUUAUGAUGACUAAGAUUAUUAAUCAUAAUUUAAAAUCAUGCAUGUUAUUUUAUAUAAUUUUUAUAUAACAUUUUUGAAGUACAAUUUUCGAAAAUUAUUAAAAAGAAAUGUCUUUCUUAAAUACUAAUUUAUUGAUUGAUUAAUAUUUGUCUAAAAUUAAAAAUUUAAACUUCCAAAUAUUGUUAUUUCAGAAGUUUUAUUCUAUAUAUGUCGCAAAACUGGGAGCACUAACUAACAAAAACCUGUAUAGGUAAUAAUAUUAUUAUCUUUUCUAAAUAAUAUUAUUCACUAUGCAUUUUCUAGUAUCUACCACCAAAUAUUUUUGGCGUCUCCAGUUUAUUACUAACUAAAGAUUUAAUUAGUACCGUAUUAUGUUUGAUUGCCAGCUAAUUUUGGAAAAUGACCAUUAAGUCUCCUUCUAUAAUCAAAUUGUAAAUAUAAAAAUUAGUCAACUAGUCUCCUGUAGUAAAAUAACAAUAAACCUUUUCAUUUCUCUCCUAACGAAAAUUCUAUAAAUACCAAGUAACACCCACCAUUUAUCUCCACCGGAUCUCAAAGAAAAUUAAACACACUACUACUUCUUGAGUCUUUGUUAGAACAGUUCCGCUACAAAAAAAUGGCUUCAAGAACCUCUCUCGCACUCUUCCUUGCUGUCAACCUCCUCUUCUUCACUUACACUUCCGCUACAUGCUACAAGUGCAUCCCCACGCCAGCCACCCCAACCACCCCAACAACCCCAAGCACCCCAAGCACCCCAAGCACCCCAAGCACCCCAAGCACCCCAAGCACAGGCUCUUGUCCUAGAGAUUCCCUACAGCUAGGUGUUUGCGCUAAUGUGCUCAAACUAGUGGACCUAACAUUGGGAAACCCACCCGUAAAGCCAUGCUGCUCUCUCAUUGCAGGCUUGGCUGACCUUGAGGCUGCGGUCUGUCUCUGUACCGUUCUCAAGGCUAACAUUCUUGGCAUCAAACUUAACCUUCCCAUCAAUCUGAGCGUACUCCUCAACGUGUGUAGUAGAAAAGCUCCAAAGAAUUUCCAAUGCGCAUAAGUUGAGUACUUAUCUAAAGCCAACCUUACAAAAACAAAUCAUACGGUUUACGAAUGCGUGAACUUAUUACCUUAUCUUCUUGUGGUUUUUUAAUUGGUGUGAUUUUUUUCUGUUUUGUAUUUCUCGUGGAUUGUUUUAAAUGGUGAACGUAACUUUCAUCAUGCAAUAAUAUGGAUUAUGUAUGGGUCUUUCUGUGUGUAAUCGGCAAGUUCGUACUUCUUUUGCUUCAUUAUUCAUCUAUAUCUGUUGUAUUUGUUUCUUUUGAAUUUGAUUAAUAAAAGUACCAUCGAUGUUGUUGUUUAUAUCGGCCUUAUUUGUCAAUCCAAAAAAACAGGGAAACAUGUUUUAUUUAUUUAGUUAUAAGAAUGAAUCACAUGUAACAUUCGACCAUCUCCGAGUACAUGCAAAAGAAAGUGUAUUUACUAAUUUUGUCAUCAAUCUUUAUAACAUAUGUCACAUUUUUGUUAAGAUAAAAUCAUGAGAGAAUUGAAAUAAUGGGAUACUUUUAACUUAAGUUUGUUCCACUAAAACUUUCAAAAUUUUAGGCUAUUUAGACAUGUUAGACAAAAUUUUAGACUAUUUCCAAAAUUUAAGGCUAUUUAGCAAUCACCGACGCUAGAGAAUGACAACAGGCACAACAGGAGAAACACCGAACAAUAGAACUUCAGACAGAUCCUCAGAUACAAUCAACAGCAACCAUCAUCAUCAACACAGAUGCAGCUUGGAAGGAGGAGACAAAAACGGCCGGAAUUGCUUGGAUCUUCUCUGAUGUCAAUGGGAAGCCGUUUCGACAAGGAAGUGGAACAGAAGAAUGGGUGAGCUCUCCAAUCAUGUCAGAGGCACUUGCCAUCCGUGAAGCUCUCUUACAAGCUCAAAGCCAUGGCAUAUCAACAUUGCAAUCAGAUCGGACGCCCAGAUACUAAUCAAGGCAAUCAACGGAAGAGACCAAAUCACGAGACUUUAUGGAAUCCUCCAGGACAUCCACAACUUAACUUGUUAUCUCUCCACCUCUGUUUUCUCAUUUAUUUCUCGCAAAGACAAAAUUGCAGCGGACAACCUUGCUAAGAAGACUCUGUUAAACUUCUUCAUCUGCAUGUAAAACUCUUUAUGAAAUUAAUGCAUUAGUCGUUCAAAAAAAAGGACAUGUUAUACCUUUUGGUAAAGAAAAAAAUAGUAAAUUAAAUUUUAUACUUUUCAAAAAUAUGAAAACUAUUAGAAACAAAAGUAGGACUAUUCAUAUAUAUUUUUUUACUUAAAAACAAAUGUGAAAUCAUAUUUUAUUUAAUGUCUUAGUUGAGAAUAGAAUAUUCAUUAUGUUCGUCUACUUACUUUAGAAAUCGGAGUAUUAUAAAGUGAUCUAUCUUUGGUAUAUAAAGCAAACAAAAUUUUAUUAUAUAUUCUACCUUGCUAUAAUUCGUUUGGUUGUAUUAUGGUCAGAUACCGUUGGUCGACAUAGAGCUCGAAUACAUAUUCUAUAGUUAACUAUACGGUUUACCUUCUCUUGUUUAUGUGUCAUAACUUGUUCUAGCUAUUACCUAAUGCUACGGUUUGCUCUGCUUACUCUCCUGGGACCAGUACGUUUGCUAAUAUCUUAUGACAUGACGUAAAAAUGUUUUAUGGCUUAUAACAUGGCUCUCAACUUUACAAUAUAAAAGAUCAGAAAGAAUAUCAUCCGUUACUUAUCAAAAAAAAAAAGAUAUCAUUGGUAGGUACGUAGGUAUAUUUAUACUUUAUCGAUCACUAACAAUUAGCAUUAAUAAUAGUAUAUAAAAAUUAGUAUACUCACUCAACUUUUUGUGUACUAUUUUCUGCUAAUUUUAUCUUUAUUUUUAAAAUGUGUUGGUGUUGUACUACUAUUUUUUGGUGUUGUUAUAAUUGUGUUUAUUCUAUUUUUUCUAAAAUAGAAUAAUUCUAGAGUAAUUCUAUAAUAGAGAUGAUUGUUGCUCCAAUAAUUCUAUAUUUUAGAAUAAAAAAUAAAGUGACGAUCCAAAAAAAUUACUUUAUAUAUAGAUCUAACCCUAUUUUUUAUUAUAUUAUAGUAUGGAAAAUGGAAUAUCAUUGGAUUAAAACACUUUUAUUCUAAAAUCUAUUUUAAAGUAAAAAAUAAAGUGAAGUUGAAAAUGUCGAUAGUGGUAUCCGCAGAUAGUCAAAUAGAGACGAACAAAUUAAAUUAACCGGGUCAUCGGGGAAAAUAAAACAUGUCGCAUCAUUUGCAGUUUUUGAUGAACUAAUUACUGAUUAAUUGAUCAAAUUAAACCAGUUUUAAUUUUAUUUUAUUUUGUAACUAAACCAGUUUUAAAUUAUACCUUUUUAAUUCUAAUUAUUUGACUUAUUCUUUACUCCAGUUAGAUAAUCUUAUAAAAUGCAUGAACUCUCUCCCGUGAUCAAAUUUGGCAUAUUCAGACUUUUAUCAUUGCUCAAAUUUGGAAUUUUGGGACUUAUCAUUGAUUUGAGAUGCCUUCAUACUCAAUCAAACGUUACAGGUACACGUAAUUAUUACGUAUACUGUAAUAUAUAUUCUAUUAUUGAACUUCGAUCUAGCGGUUAUAUGAGUUGGAAUUUGGAUGGAUUAUAAAGAAAGUACAUAAAUUGAUUCACGACAGAUACUUAAUUCAAUACCAAUGUAGUCAUAUAUAUUCAUAUAAACAACAUAAACUUUUAAUAUACUUGGAGAGAUUUGAACAAAAAACGAAAACUUAAAGAGAAUAAUUUUUUGGCAUCAAAACUAAUUCUGGUAAAAAAAUGGAUCUGAUCUAAACAAUAUUAUCAAUGACACCUUUAUAUGAUUUCAAAUAAAGUAUUUGUGUAUUUACUUGACAAUAAUACUUAAUGUAUAACUUAUUUUUAAGCUAAGCUUUUUAUUAUCUAUUUAUGAAUAGAUACACGAUGAUAAAUUAUUAAUAGAAACAAAUUCGAAAUUUUAUAUAAUAAUAAUAAAAUUUGAAUUACUUUUUUUUAAUAGUACUUACAAACAUUUUUAUGUAUUUAUUUUUUGACAUCAAACGGUUAUUAUAUCACUCAAACUUGAGAAGAUACUUUAUUUUGCGCUAUUGUGAAAUCUUGAAUUCCGAAAAACAUAUCUGUAGAGUUUGAAUCUACGAAACUUGACCGGUCCUUUGGUUCCUUUCGCUCUUAUAUGUAUUUAUAUACCCUGAAAUACAAUAGAUUAUAAAAUUGUAGGCUUUGCAUUAUUGUUAAUAUUUGUUUUACUUUUUUUUUUUUUUCUAAAAUUGAUAUUUUUUUUUAGUUAAUCAAGCGGUAUCUGAAUCUUCGACCCAAAUAAUCUCUUAGGUCUAGGGUCAACCGCUGACAAUACUUAAACACGGUGUACACAACCCAUUCUAACAGGAAUCGAAAUAGGGUACAAUAAAAUGAUGAGAUUUUUCUGCAUAGAUAUUUUAGGUGAGAUGCUGAAAAACAUGUACAUUUGAAAACUAACUAAAAAUAAAUUGAUUCUUUUAAAGGAGUUAAAUUUUAUCUAGUAAAAUUUACAGAAUGAAAUACUAUUUUAUUCUAUAAUGUUUUGUUUUAUAUACAACGAAAUAAAAACUAUAUUCUUCUUUUUUGGACAACACAUUAACCCUUUUAAAUAUUUUUUGUUGACAGAAGAGGAAGAUCCUUUCUGUACAUAUUUCCCGAAGACUUUAGGCUUGUAGAAGCUGAAAGAACAAGAAAAACAAUGAAAUGGGCUUAGAUCUUACUUCUUAUCAUGGAUUAAUAUUAAAAGGGCUGACGUUAUAUCCUGAUAGCCCAGUUUAAGAGAGACUCGGAUGGUGAACUUUGUUCAAGUGUUUAGCUUAAAGAAGAAUUCACGAAAGGAAUGGAAUCGAUUAUCAUUUCCUGUACCGUCGUGGUUAUGGUUUCCUUUCUGAUAAUUAUAUUCACUGGUUUUAACCUUGAAGACCUCGUUCGAUUACAUCUAAUAACGUAAUUAGAGUUUGACAGUACAGAUGUUUGUUUUAUUUUAUUGGUUAAAUUUAAAAUCGGUUAUCUUUUAAAUUUUUUUAUAUAGUAGUGGUUACUCAUAUUUCCUAUAUAUAUUCAGACAACCAAAAUGAUACUUUGUUUGUCUCGUCGAACAUUUAUUUCAACUUCUUAUAUGUGUUGUUUACCUUUGAUUUUACAAUAAAUAUUUUAAAUAAUUAUUUACAUGUAUAUAUAGUGUAACUCAAUAAAAAAUGUUGUUCAUAUGUCUUGAUCAACAUUAUUAAUAUAGAAUGGGUGUAAGUUUAAUAUAUAAUUUAAUUGUUAUAAGUUGCUAAUAGAUAUCAUAUAUUCUAACAUAUUUUGUUACACUAAGUUCAUUAUUUGAAAUAAUAAAAUAGAAAACACCUUCGAAAUAUAGAAAGAAUAUUUUGAUUGUAUAGUUUGCAUACAAUAUAAAAUAAAUUUAUUUAAUUAUAUUCUAAAUUAAGAAAAUACAUGAAUCAUUUUCUUUUAUUAAAAUUAAUUUUUUUUAUAAAUUAUAAUGAUGUUAACAUUAAAAUUAAAGAUACUAGAGUUGGUCCGCCCUACGGGCCGGUUAGUAUCCAAAAGAAUUACAUAAAUUUAUUAUAAGUUCUAGUAAAUAUUUCAAAGUGUUUCGCCUAAUUUAAUUUAAAUUGAUCUUAAAUUUAGUAAAGCGUAUUUUGUUAUUUUUACUAUAGUAUGUUUAUCUUAAUAUUAAAAGGAAUGAAUUACAAUUUCUUUCAUAUAUGUUUUUUUCUGUAAUUCAAUGAAACUAUUUUCCAAUAAGUGAAUAGUAUAUAUACAACUAGUGCAGUUAAAAUACUAAAAAUUACAAUUAUAUGCGUUGCUAAUAAUUUGUUUUAUUGUUUACUUUUUAGCGGUAAAUAUAUGACCACUUUUGUUUCUAAUUUUUGGUUUUAGAAGUUUGUUAAUGUGUAUUUCGCCUAUAACGACUUUUUUAUCUUUUCAAUAUAUAUUUUAAUAAAUAUUUGAUAUGUUUUUAUUUUAAAAUAGAAGAAAUUUCUAUGGUAAACAUGUGUUGAUUUGCAUAAAUUCAGUAAAGCAUAGCAUUUUUAUCUAUAAUUUGUGUUCAUAUGUUUGGAAAUUUACUUUUAAGUAAGUAUUUUCAAAUUAAUUUUUUUCCAAAAAGAUAGGUAUUAUGUUCUUAAAUCUGAGUGGUCAGAGUGUUGGUCGAAUUUUGGCAUUCAGAAAUAAGAAAGUUUUUACCUAUACUCUAAAUUUUUUUUUUUGAAUUAUACAGAGGCAUCAUGGCCUCACAGAAAUGAUUCAGACUACACGUGUCGAUUCUCUAUCCCUAGCGAUGCUGAAAUGUUAAUUCUCCAGUGGUGGGAUUUGAAUUCAGGUGGCGGUACUCACCGUUAUAAGUCAUUUACCACUAAAGCUAGAAGCCCCGGUUGGUUAUACUCUAAAUUCGUAUCUAUACUUGCUCGGCAUUUUCUUGCUUAUAAAUUUUAUAUGGGCCGGAAAAAAUACAAAGUUGGAGCCUAUAUUUGCAUUCUCCACCUUAGACAAAAUCUCCUAUUCUUCUUUUUAUAUUGGAAGACGAACAACUGCUUCUUCUCAUCUAUCAGAAAGCCAUUUUUAAGUCAACGAUGAUGGAGUGAGUUGGUGACCUUUCCACUGGUUCUGAAGACUCUCAUGGCUCGUAUGCAGCUUCUAGUCUUCAGUUUCUGCUCCAGUUUCUUCAUAGAGUACCAAUUUCAGCUUCUCAAAGCUUCUUUUGAUUCCUGCAUUCAAUGGACUCGACACUAGAGUUCUGCAGUUUCUCUGAGCAGUGGCUAAAGGCUGAUAUUAAGUUCUGUGAAAACGUCCAAACGAAUGAGCAUAUUCUAGCUGAAGUUGAAAUGCUCGACAAGCUUGAGAAAUAGUUUGGGAGUGUGAGGAUUGAAUAUUGAAGACUGCUCUUGAAAUCUGAAGUCUUUUUGUUUUUGUUUUUGUUUUGAUUUUGGCUUUGGUUUUUUAUUUUCGGCUUUGGUCUCAUUAGAGAUGUGUUAUGCUUUGACAGUUGCUUUUAAUUAAGUUUUAUUAUGAAC